AUGGAGGAACAAGAAACAGGCGUCCCUGCAGCUUCCUUGGCAGGAAUCAAGCAUAUUAUACUAAUACUUUCUGGAAAGGGUGGUGUUGGUAAAAGUUCAGUGACCACACAAACAGCGCUUACCCUUUGCAGUAUGGGUUUUAAAGUUGGGGUUUUAGAUAUCGAUUUGACAGGACCGUCUCUACCUAGAAUGUUUGGCCUAGAGAAUAAAUCCAUUUAUCAGAGUUCCGACGGUUGGCAGCCCGUGAAAGUGGAAACUGAUUCUAUCGGUUCCCUAAGCGUAAUUUCAUUGGGGUUUUUGCUCGGUGAUAGAGGCAACAGUGUUGUAUGGAGAGGACCCAAGAAGACUUCUAUGAUAAAGCAAUUUAUCUCAGAUGUCGCCUGGGGUGAAUUAGAUUACCUUCUUAUUGAUACCCCUCCAGGAACUUCAGAUGAACACAUUUCAAUAGCAGAAGAGUUAAGAUAUUCUAAACCAGAUGGCGGUAUCGUCGUGACUACACCACAGAGUGUUGCAACAGCUGAUGUCAAGAAGGAAAUCAAUUUCUGCAAAAAGGUCGAUCUAGAAAUCCUUGGUAUAAUUGAAAAUAUGUCAGGAUUCGUAUGCCCAUAUUGCGCAGAAUGUACGAAUAUCUUCUCCAGUGGAGGUGGGAAAAGACUAUCCGAGCAGUUUUCUGUUCCGUAUCUAGGUAAUGUCCCUAUAGAUCCAAAAUUUGUAGAAAUGAUUGAAAACCAAGCUUCAAGUGAAAAAUCUCUGGUUGAAAUGUACAAGGAAUCGUCUCUAUAUCCAAUUUUUGGAGAAAUAAUGAAGAAAUUGAGGGACUAA